GCGGCGCGGGGCCCGGCCUGUGCGUGUCGGCCUCAUGGCUUCCGCGGGGAAGCUCGGGUCUUUCCGCCUUCCCCCGUUGCCCACCAUUCGGGAGAUCAUUAAGUUGUUCGGACUGCGAGCGGUGAAGCAGCUCUCCCAGAAUUUCCUCCUGGACUUGAGGCUGACAGACAAAAUCGUAAGGAAAGCUGGCAAUCUGGAAGAUGUUUACGUUUAUGAAGUGGGCCCCGGGCCUGGGGGAAUCACAAGAUCCAUUCUCAACGCCAAUAUUGCUGAACUUCUGGUGGUUGAAAAGGACACUCGCUUUAUUCCAGGAUUACAGAUGCUUUCUGAUGCAGCACCGGAGAAACUGAGGAUUGUCCAUGGAGAUGUGCUGACGUACAAGGUAGAAAAGGCUUUUCCAGACCACAUUAGGAGACAGUGGGACGAAGAUCCUCCAAAUGUACACAUCAUUGGAAAUCUGCCUUUCAGUGUCUCAACUCCCCUGAUCAUCAAGUGGCUUGAAAAUGUCUCUCUUAGAGAUGGACCCUUCAUCUACGGCAGAACCCAGAUGACAUUAACAUUUCAAAAGGAGGUAGCAGAGAGACUUGUAGCCACUACAGGAAGCAAACAGCGCAGCCGUCUUUCCAUUAUGGCCCAGUACCUCUGCAAGGUUGAGCACCUCUUUACCAUUCCAGGGAAAGCUUUUGUUCCCAAACCAGAGGUUGACGUAGGAGUGGUACACUUUACACCGUUGAUACAGCCCAAGAUCGAGCAGCCAUUCAAGCUGGUAGAAAAAGUUGUUCAGAACGUGUUUCAGUUCCGGAGGAAGUACUGCCACCGAGGGCUUGGAAUGCUCUUCCCUGAAGCUCGGCGCCUGGAAAGCACUGGAAGGCUGCUACAGCUGGCGGACAUUGACCCCACUCUCCGGCCCAUCCACCUCUCGCUCACGCACUUUAAGAGCCUGUGUGACGUGUACAGGAAAAUGUGUGAGGAAGACCCGCAGCUCUUUGCUUAUAAUUUCAGAGACGAGCUCAAGCAAAAGAGAAGAAAAGGCCAAGGGAAAGAUGAUGACCCAGAAAGCUGGGAGCCCUAACGGCUGCUCUGAGGGCUCCACACCCACAGUGUGGGUCCUCUGCAUCUGUAAAGACAACACCAGUGAGUACCCAGAUGACUUACUUACAUGCCAUCACUUAAGAAAAUAAAUAUCAAGUAGAUACAGUACAAGCUGUCUUUUAA